UGACUGAGUGAUAAAAUUACCUUCUGGUCUUCAGAAACUUCAGCAUGCAACUGUGCUAUGCACCUCAGUGUGCCCCUCUUCACAGCACAAACAGAUACGUUUGGAAAUGGAUUUGGAGGAGACAUACAAAGAGGGAGAGACCACAGAGGGGAAAAUUACUCGAGCUGCAGCUGCAAAGUUGGUGAAAAAAGCUUUUCUUGAAGCCCUGAAGUCCAAUGACUUUGAAACACUGGAAGAGCUCUUGAGCCAAAAGAAAAUAGACGUGGACACAGUGUUUGAAGUGGAAGAUGAAAACCUGAUUCUGGCAUCCUACAAACAAGGGUACUGGCUUCCCAGCUACAAAUUAAAAAUAUCCUGGGCAACUGGGCUUCAUAUAGCUGUCAUGUAUGGACACCUGGAGAGUCUUUUGGUCCUCCUCAAUCACAAAGCUACAAUCAACUGCCGGCCCAAUGGAAAAGCUGCGAUCCACAUAGCCUGUGAAAUGGCCAAUGUUGAGUGUCUCAAGAUCCUUUGCAACCAUGGAGCUAAGCUGAACUGCUUUUCCAUGAGUGGGCAGGCACCCUUGCACUUCUGUACGACACGAACCUCCAUGCCUUGUGCCCAGCAGCUGCUUUGGAGAGGAGCAAAUGUGAACAUAAGAACAAACAACAAAGACGAGGAGACUCCUCUGCACGUGGUUGCACGUUUGGGUGUCCCAGAGCUCGUGGCCUUUUACGUGGAGCAGGGAGCACAGGUGGAUGCUCUCAAUGCCUACAUGGAGACUCCCCUGGCCUGUGCAGCCUACUGGGCCCUUCACUAUAAGGAUCAGAUAUACAGCCAGGACCACCACCUCAUCUGUCGGAUGCUCCUGGACUAUAAAGCUGAAGUGAAUGCUCGUGAUGAGGAUUUCAAAUCACCACUCCACAAAGCUGCCUGGAACUGUGACCACGUCCUGCUGCACAUGCUGCUGGAGGCAGGAGCAGAAGCAAACAUCAUGGAUGUCAAUGGCUGUGCACCCUUACAGUAUAUCAUAAAAGUGACAUCUGUGCGGCCAGCUGCUCAGCCAGACAUCUGCUACCAGCUGCUACUGAAUCAUGGAGCAGCUAGGAUAUACCCUCUGCAAUUCCACAAGGUGCUGCAAGCCUGUCAUUCCCACCCCAGAGCUGUGGAGGUAGUCGUCAACUCCUACGAACACAUCAAAUGGACAUCUAAGUGGAAAGCAGCCAUACCUGAGGAUGUCUUGGAGCGGCACCAGGAUUUCUAUGACUCUUUGUUCAGCGUGUGCAGCAACUCCCCACGGUCACUGAUGCACUUGUGCAGAUGUGCUAUUCGGGCAAUAUUGUCAGAAAAGUGCCAUCGAGAAGUCCCCUUGCUCUCCAUCCCCCUGUCCAUGAAGAAGUACUUGCUGCUGGAACCAGAAGGAAUCAUCUACUGAGCCAGCACAGAGCAGGCACUGGCAUCUCCCUUCCCGGAUCCAUUUGCCUCUGUGGGGUGCCAGAGAUCCAGGCACAAUCCUGACACAGCCCUGUGUGUGUGUCCAUUUGCUGGCCAGCCUGCAAGCUGAGCUGGCAUUGACUGGCUCUCCUCGGAGCUGCUCUCUUUCCCUACGCUGGGAAACCAGAGCUGCAGGCUGCAGUUUGCACUGGGGAGGCAGAGCUGGAAAAGCCCCUGCUCCAAACACUCCCAGGACACUGCUUUGUUCAGCCUAGCUUAAACAAUGCUGCUGCUUCCUUCAGCACUUAUACCACUGCCUGCUAGAUAGCAUUCGAUUAAAUCUGAGCAACCUUUGAUAUUGUUUCACUAUGACUUUCUUCAGCUGUCACUUUGGGAGUAAAAGAAAGGAUAUUGUCAAAAAUAAGUCACAGAAAUGCUUUCCCAGAAUGAAACAGGCAAAUCACUGUGGUUUGUGACCACAGACAGGCCUUCAGUAAUUUCUGUGUUUUCCUUUGCACUGCCCCUCAAUUUGAUGUUAGUUCACUCUUCGCUACCUGUCUGAUUCCUAUACAGCUUUUCCAUAAUUAUCCUUUUUAAUUGUAAGAAUCUUUUCCUUUAUCAACCAUAUCAACCAGCAUGUAAACAAGACAGAAAGAUGCAGCCCUGAGAUUUCUGUAUGUUGAUACUAGUUAGCUUUGAGCACAUACUGUCUCUGUUUCUGCUCUCACUGUGGCCAAUGAUAAAUUAAUAUCCCGCUGUCAAGAAAGGCAGGUAAAAAAAACUUUUCCCCAAAACCUGCAUAGCUGUACUUGUACCCAUCCCUGAUAUCUCUCAGAAUGAUGUUGGACGUGAUCUGGGAAGCAUAACACCCUUCUCUUCAUUGACUGUAAAAUGAACCUAGCCUGCUAGCAUGUACUAUUCACCUCAUUUUUGGUGGCUAGGUGCAGUGAGAGGAAUCCCACAUUAACCAAAAGGUGUUUCUCAGAUAAAGAUGUGUUACCUGUGCUGUUACAGACCUGCCAGGCCCCCUGCUUUGCAGUUCCUGUGCUUUUGGACCUGCUAGCACUGGUUUCCUUUACUUCUGACCAAGGUACUUUCUCCAGUCCAGGAGGAUGAAAUGCAGAGCAGUGGCAGUUCACACAGCAAGUAUCCCACAGCAAGAACAAGUGUGUGAUCUGACCUACAGGUAAAUCCUAAUUUUCUUCCCUUUUUUAGUUUGAUGCAACCCAUCUGAGCUGUUCCACUUUUCUUAGAUUCUGACAAUUCUGGGCUCUCUGAAAAGAGAGAUAAGCCAGGCCCACCACUGGAAGCCAGUAACUCCUGACUUCUCAUUGCAUCCCUGACUGUGAAGCUGUCAGUCCCAAUCAUUAUUGUUAUCUCUUUGCAAGACAGCCCACAGCACACUAGGCUCUUCCCGGACAAACCAGAGCAGCCAAACUGUCCAAGUGUCUCUGUGUUGUGACAGUGACAACAACAGCAUUUGAAAAAACAUGCAGAUUGUUUGGUGUUACAAAUCAGUUGCCUUUC